AUGGAUACGGAGUCAUAUUACACGGAGAGGAUGAAGGAGGAGGUAGCACUGCUCUUCUCCGACGACGAUAGCUACUGCUGCUCGCUGCUGCCGCCCUCUGCUUACGAUACUGCCUGGGUCGCCAUGAUCGGCUCCGGUGGCGGCGCCGCACGUCCCCUGUUUCCGCAAUGCGUCGAGUGGAUCCUCGCGAACCAAAGGAAAGAAGGCUUCUGGGGAGAUGGCGAGCGUGCACUCGAUUCCGUCGCCGCCACUAUCGUCUCUGUUCUUGCACUCCAUCAGUGGAACACUGGCCGUGCAAGCAUCGAGAGAGGUUUGCAGUAUCUCCGUGCAAAUAUAGAAAAGAUACUCGUGCAGUGCCACGGUGGCAUUCCUCGUUGGUUCACAAUUGUUUUUCCAGGAUUGCUGGAGCUGACGCAAUCCAAAGGCUUACGUGUGCUUCGCGGCCAUGACGUCAUGCAAUUAGUGAAUGACGUCUUCAAGAGAAGAAGAACAAUAUUAACAGCAUCAUCAGGUAGUGAUCAAUAUUACCCACCAUUGACAAUGUUCCUCGAAGCACUCCCACCAAGCAGCAGGCCAAAACAUGAACUGAUUCUUGCUCAACUGAUGGAAGAUGGAUCGCUCUUUAGAUCUCCAUCAGCAACUGCUGCUGCUUUCAUGAUCACAGGAGAUGCUAAUUGUCUCAAGUACCUGCAGGACAUGAUGCAGAGAUGUAGUGGCAUCGUGCCCCCUGUGUUUCCUGUGGAUCAAAAUCUCAUAAGGCUUUGUCUAGUUGACCAUUUGAGUAGACUAGGAUGUGGUCAGUUUUUUGAAGAGGAGAUCAAGGAUCUAUUGGACCAUAAUUACAGGAAUUGGAUAAAGCAGCAUCAGGAACAGAGCACUACGAACUGUGUUCUAUCUGAACAAAUAUAUAGUGAUACCUUAGCCUUUUAUCUUCUGAGGACAUAUGGAUAUCCUGUAACACCAAGGAAACUGUGUUGGUUUAUGGACAACAAGGGCAUUCUUGUGCAUAUAAGGGAAAACCACAGUGAGUUCUUGGGAGCCAUGUAUGGGAUCUACAGAGCAGCACAGUUGAUGUUCCCUGAGGAAGUUGACCUUCAUAAUACUAAACUGUUCUCCUUGGAAGUGUUGACAAAAUGUCUUCCUCGCAAGGAUUUUGAAGGAAACGACAAGGUCAUGACAGAUUUCCAAAAAGAGAUCGCACGCGAACUGGAACUCCCGUGGUUACUUAGAAUGGACCACCUUGAGCAUCGCUUGUAUAUAGAGAGAACUAAAGGGUACUGGUUGUGUAUUGGGAAGACCAACAUUUGCAGGCUUUCUCACCCAAAAUGUCUCAUGCAACUGGCCGUGGACAAUUUUACAAAACGUCAGUCAAUUUACAGAAAUGAACUCCAGAUGCUGAAGAGGUGGUCAGAAGAAUCCGGGCUUUCAAAAAUGGGGUUCGGCCGAGAAAAAACUACCUACUGUUACUUCUUAGCCACUGUUCCAACAUGCCUCCCUCUGCAUUGUGAACUAAGGAAAAUAGUGGCAAAAAAUGCAACCCUAGUCACAAUUGCUGAUGAUUUCUUCGAUGAAAAAGGAACGGAAAGUGAAUUAGAAACACUAACUGAAGCUGUCAACAGGUGGGAAGGAGACAACUUAUGUAGCCACUCCAAAGUAAUCUUUGACGCACUUCAUGAACUUGUAAAUGAAGUAGAAUUUAAUGCAUUCCGUGAACAUGACAAGACUGUGAAAGAUGCCCUUCAAGAAAUGUGGCGUGAUGCGUUUAACUCUUGGCUAAAGGAAUCCAAGUGGAGCAGAUGCAAACAUGUGCCUUCUACCGACGAGUACAUCGAUGUCGCGACGGUUUCAGUGGCUAUUCAAGUAAUGACUCUUCCUGCUUGCUACAUCACUCAUCCAAAAGUUCCAGUUGAUGGCAAAUUGGGUUCUCGUUACUGCAAAAUGACCGAGCUGUCAAUGCUGUGUGCUCGUCUGCUAAAUGACAUAGGAAGCUAUAUGAGAGAAUUAGAGGAUGGAAAGUUCAACAUGGUUCCACUGUACGUGAAAGAGAAUUUGGAGAGCAGCAUUGAGGACUCAGUUGGGCAUAUAAAGACAGUUCUUGAGAGGAAGGGGAAGGAGUUUCUCGAGCUGUUCUUGAACCAAGAAUAUGGAGGAGUUCCAAGAGUGUGGAAGGAGUUGCACGUGGCCACUCUCAAAGCUUUCUGGAUGCUUUAUGAUUCCAACAAUAAAUUUGACUCGCCAACCGCGCUGCUCCAAGCUAUCAGAAUGGCGUUUUAUGAACCGCUGGCGAUCGAUGCUUAGAACGAACUCAUUUCUAAGCUUGCUAAGAAGGUUUGUGAUUCACAUGUAUAAUAUUAGAUUGAGUUUCUGAGAGGGAAUUAAUAUAGA